AAGAAGAAAGGCUUCCUGCUUCCACGUGAGAAGAAGAAGAAGAAGAAGAAGCAGACCUUAUGUUUGGACACUACCGCGGACGUAACAGUGUGGAUAAUCUCUCAUUUUUACAGGGUAGCAGGGUACAAGGAGGAACUUUCUCGAACAAAAGAGGAGAAGGAGCGACAACGUCAACUACUGGACGCUGUUUUCAAGAAGCCUCAAGCUGUGUUACACAAAACAGAUGUCCCGCACCUGAUUGGAUGUCCGCAAGAAAGUUUCACUAUGUCGCAGGGGGGGAACUCAGAGGAGGAACAGCCCCCUCAUUUUAAAGAGAAAGAGGAGGAGCCACGGCGCCAACACAAUAAGGAGGAAUACAAAGAGCCACAAACUUGUCACGUAAAACAGGAAGAGGAGUAUCAACAACCCAACCACUUUAUAGAGGAAGAAGAGGGAGAAUGUCUUCUCGGGCAGGAGGAGGCUGAUCUCACCAAGUUUCCACUGACUGAUGUCUCUGUGAAGACUGAAGACCAUGAAGACAAACCACCUGAGUCUUCACAGCUUCAUCCCAGUCCAAACAUCCAGAAGCUGAUUGGUCAUCAAGAAGAACCUCCCUUUCUUUUGCUGGAGGGAAGCUCCCCUUUGAAGCAGGAGGAUCCACAGCCCUCCCACAUUAAAGAGGAAGAAGAUAAUGUCUGGAUCACUCAGGAAAGAGAGUGUCUUCUAGGGCAGGAGGAGGCUGAUCUCGCCAAGUUUCCACUGACUGUUGUCUAUGUGAAGACUGAAGACCAUGAAGACAAACCGCCUGAGUCCUCACAGCUUCAUUACAGUCCAAGUGAGGAAAAGAGAGAGGUGGAGCCUCUAAGCAGCAGCUCACCAAAACACAUGACAACAGAAGCUGAUGGAGACCACAUUGGAGGAUCACAAGUAGACAACCUCUUAGCUCCACUAUCAGAUAGUGACGACUCAACAUCACAUGUUAAUGUCAAUAUGGAAUCACACAUGAAAACACACACAGGGAAAAAAACGUUCGAUUGUUCAGUUUGCGGUAAAAUAUUCUCCUUAAAAUGUAAUCUUCAAACACACAUGAAAACACAUACAGGAGAAAAACCUUUCAUGUGUUCAGUUUGUGCUAAAGGCUUUGUUAAAAACUCUGAUUUGACUCGACACAUGAGGACACACACUGGAGAAAAGCCUUUCAGUUGUUCAGUUUGCAGUAAAAGAUUAUCUCACAUAUAUCAUAUGCAAAGACACAUGAGAACGCACACAGGUGAAAAACCUUUCAGUUGUUCAGUUUGCGGUAAAAUUUUCUCUGAUAAACAUAAUAUGCAAGUACACAUGAGAACACAUACAGGAGAAAAACCCUUCAUAUGUUCAAUUUGUGCAAAAGGCUUUGUUACAAAGUCUGAGUUGUCGUGUCACAUGCGGACGCACACCGGUGAAAAACCUUUUGUUUGCUCAGACUGUGGCAAAACGUUUUCGCAAAGAAAAACGAUGCUCUCGCAUAUGAGAAUACACACAGGGGAAAAACCCUUCAGUUGUUCAAUUUGCGGUAAAUUUUUCUCCCUAAAAAGUAAUGCGCAAAUACACUUGGCAACGCACACAGGAAAAAAACCUUACAGUUGUUCAGUGUGUGGUAAAGGAUACACUGACAAACGUAUAAUGCAAAGACACAUGAAAACACACACAGGAGAAUAACUUUCUCUGUUUGGAAGUCCUCUGUCAAUAGACUCUGGCAAAGUCAACAAUGGUCUACCGAACGGCUUCUCUAAAGUCUGGACUGUUUUCCAGGUCCGGAUCACAAGUCAGUCUGGAUCCAGUGGGGACCCAGCCAGCCCACCUUAUGAUAUGAAUUACAAAACACUAUCAAGUUUCUUUUAGGUCCUGGUUAAAUAAGACAUUAACAAAUUGGUUGUAAAGUUAAAUACAGUGUUUAUAAAUACGAGUCAAUUUUUCCUAUUACAGAGAACUGCAAUCUUUAGGGGAAUUUUGCUUAUCAUUCACAAUCCAUAUGUGGGAUGAGCACUCAAUUUUCUUUCCUUUGUUAUGCAUUUUGAAUCAUAAAUAAACUUUCACAAGAGUCCUCUAAAAAUGGAGGUGAUAGGUUUCACUCUAUUCUGCCUAUCUUCUUCAUCUUCAGCCUACUUUAUGCCACUAAAGGAGAAAGACUCCUCACCAAGUUUGCAUUUUAUUCUAUAUGGAGGUAUUCUCUUCCUAACAUUGCCUCUUUGUGCUGUUAACUCAUCUCUCUGCCUUCUGCUUUGUCUCCCUCUUUUUCUGAUGUGAUAUCUAGAAAUGUGUCCAUCAUACCUCCUGGCAGGUGUCCCUGUGUUAAGUCUGUUUUUGACAUCCUGUCAUUUUUUUAAAUUACAUCUAUUAUUAUUCUUUCCAUAGCUGAUUCUGUCACCCUAAGUCUUUUCUCCAAACAGUUUAUGGUUGUCCAGGUUUCAGCACCAUUUGGGAGAUCAAGUUUUGUCUUUUUGUGUCUUUCUCUCGUUGAAUUUUAAAGUUGACCAACUUCUCAGUUGAUGAUACAUAUACUGUGUGUGUGUGUGUGUGUGUGUGUAUAUAUAUAUCCAUCCAUCCAUUUUCUACCGCUUAUUCCCUUUUGGGGUCACGGGGGGGCGCUGGCGCCUAUCUCAGCUACAAUCGGGCGGAAGGCGGGGUACACCCUGGACAAGUCGCCACCUCAUCGCAGGGCCAACACAGAUAGACAGACAACAUUCACACUCAUAUUCAAACACUAGGGCCAAUUUAGCAUUGCCAAUCAACCUAUCCCCAGGUGCAUGUCUUUGGAAGUGGGAGGAAGCCGGAGUACCCGGAGGGAACCCACGCAUUCACGGGGAGAACAUGGAAACUCCACACAGAAAGAUCCCGAGCCGGGAUUUGAACCCAGGACUGCAGGAACUUCGUAUUGUGAGGCAGACGCAC